CACGCCUCUAUCUUGGACGCUUUCAUCUCUAGAGAAAUCCAACUCUCCUCGACCUCCGCCGCAGCAUCCAUUCUCCAUCUUUUAAGUCUGAAAGUUCAACGAGCAAACUUGUGCUCGUCAUAAGCGACAAUGGCGCACCGUCUAAUAACCCAAAUCGUCUUCGUCGGCAGCCGCAUCGUAGGCCGUUCCUUCAUGGCCGCCUACCGCCAGGCGCAAGCCUCGUCCGAGUUCGCCCGCGCCCAAGCCAAGAUGGGCGGAAACGCCGCCACCGCCGGCCGCGCCAACCUCUCCAGCGGCAUGACUCUCGACGAGGCCUGCCGGAUCCUCAACGUCAAGCCGCCCAAGAACGGCACCGGCGGCGCCACCGCCGAGGAGAUCGCCGACCGCUUCAAGCGGCUCUUCGAUGCCAACGACCCGCAGAAGGGCGGCAGCUUCUACCUGCAGAGCAAGGUCCUGCGCGCGAAGGAGAGGCUGCAGAGCGAGGUCGAACCUAUCAUCGAAAGGGCGGAGCAGGAGGCCGAGCUCAAGGAAGGAUUCAAGCCGAAGAUUUAUAAGGAUCGGUGA